AUGUGCCGUGUGUUCUGUAGCGUUGGGAUUCGCCAUCCAAAUGCCGGUGAAGGUAAAAGCCGUGUUUUUCUCAACAUGAACCCUCUUUCUUAUAUCUCUCGCUCACGGAAAGUAUCGUUUUACCACUCUUCCACCUCAUAUCAGCUCGUGCAGAAGAACGAAGACACCCCAAUAUCUUUAGCCGAGCUGUGUAAAGAAUGUACCCCACCAUUAUGCUCAUUAAGUCCCUUGCUUUUCAAUGGUCACCUACAAACCGCCUGGACUCAAAAAGCGGCAUGUUACACACCAGUCUACUACAAACGGAAAAUAUUUGACUCGAAUCAUUCUUCUUACGAAGGCCAAUUCUCUGUCGAUUUCGUGGUCCCUCCCUAUGUUGAUACUGGAGGUCACUCCGAAACCAACAACACUGAAGAUCUGCCGCCUCGUACAGAGCUCUUCGAGGCUGAAGAGGAUGUGAAGUUCUUAUCAGCAGACGAUUCCAGACCAAUCCUUCUUGUGCUCCAUGGAAUGUCCGGGGGGUCCAACGAGCCGUACAUACAGGAUGUUCUUGCUGCAGUAGUAGCACAGGAGGGGGGCUGGGCGGCUUGCGUUGUUAACUCCAGAGGGUGCGCCAACUCCAAACUAACGAGUGGCUUUCUUUAUAAUGGACGAUCCACCUGGGACUUUCGGCAGGUCGUAGAUUGGCUGAAGGACAAGUUUCCGAAUAGGCCGCUUUUCGGAAUUGGCUUCUCGAUUGGAGCAAAUGUUUUGACUCAUUAUCUAGGAGAAGAAGGUAGAGAUUGCGCACUCAAAGCCGCUAUUAUGGUGUCCAACCCGUGGAAGCUGGAAGUCGCAUCGCAUGCCCUUCGACAAUCCUGGAUCGGGAAAGAGAUUUAUUCGAAAAUACUGGGCCGUAACAUGAGAGAUAUCGUCGAACGACAUAUUGAUAUGAUAACGGCAAUACCCACAAUUGACCGAGAUUCUAUUCGAAAAAUAAAAUAUGUUCAAGAUUUCGACCGUAUGAUCCAGUGUCCCACAUGGGGCUACUUGACAGAAGAUGCCUACUAUCGAGAUGCCUCCUGCGCCGAUGCAAUGCUUGCUAUCCGGAUCCCAUUUUUGGCAAUCCAGGCAGAAGAUGAUCCGAUUUCACCUAAACAUGGAAUUCCAUUCGCGGAAUUUGCUCGAAGCCCCUUCGGAGUUCUAUGUAUGACACCUGGUGGAGGCCACUUGGGUUGGUUCGAAGCAGAUGGUGGACGGUGGUUUUUGAAACCGCUUACAAGAUUUCUUGACAAGAUGCUAAAUUCAGUCAAUCUGGAAAAGUCCACGGAGCUCAACAAAGAUCUUGAUGUCAACUUUGAUACGACGGAUGUCUGA